GCCGCCUCUCGUCCGGGACCUGUGACACUCCCCCUGGAAGUGCCAGUCAGCGCCAUCUGUCCGCCAAGCUUCUCACUCGCUCGCUCGCUCGUGUUCUUCAGGUUAACUAGACGUCGAGAGAGUCUCGUUCUGUGCCGGGAUAUCAGUUUUGUUUCUUUCUGGAGUUUGUGAAGAAGAAUUAGCGGUUUGAAAUGCACGCUGUGAAAUGACAAUGUUGUUUGAGAGAGGACCGUUUCUGUGAGCGAUUGAGACACGGAAUGAGGAAAAGUUCCGUCUAACUAGUGAGAUCAGAAAAAAAGGACACGUCUUUGAUCAGGCAACACUAUUCGACCUUCUCACAGUGAACAUAAAGCACAAUCAUUGAUAACAAAGGAUAAUAAGGAAAAGAAAGAUGAGAUGAGAACUGCAGAAAAGGUCAAAGGUCAGAAGAGUGUGGGUCAGAGCGAGGAAAGGGAGCGAGUGAAGGGGCAGUGUUGAAGUCUCCGCUCGCGAAGGAAGGGAAGAAAGCAGACAUGAAGGAAUAUCAAGAGGUGUGGCUGGACCUCGAGUCGGUGCUCCUGGGCGAGGGCCACGACCCCCUCCACCUCUACCAGUCCCCCCCGCCGCCCCUGGACGCCCCCCCGCAGCCGGACCCUUCGCCAGCCCUCCCCUCUCACUCCCCGCCCACGGGCGUGCCUUCGGGCGUUCCUCCGGGCGCCGCCCACUCGCCCGCCGCCCACCAGCACCCUCAGCAGCAGCCCGGCUCCUCCUCGCACGCCCACUCGCCCGCCCGGGCCGCGCAGCUCCUCGCGCCCACACACGUCAGCGCCCCUUCGCCCGUCUACGCGUCGCAUGCGCCCGCCACGUCCGCCGGCUCGUCCGUCGGCCUGGCCUCCGGCAGCGCGCGCUCCAUGCCGCCCCUCACGGCGCUGGGGGAGCCCCUCCCGCACGCCCACGCGCUGCCGCAGCCGCACGGAGCGCUGCCGUCGCUUCACCCGCCAGGCCAGCCGCACGCUCUGCCACCUGCUCCGUCGCUGGGGAGGCCGGGCGCCUCGAUGCCGCCCAUGUGUGAGCUGACGGAGGGCGCCAUGGUGUCCCCACUAGCCGCCCACGCCGCGCUGCCGCCCACGCCGCCGCACCACGACCCCAAGUACGACUACGGCGCGGCGGUCCACGCGGGCGGCGCAGGCGGCUACGAAGCGCCGUCGUGCCGCCUCAAGGCUGAGUUCGGCGACUUCCCGCAUGCCCUCGGGCCGCGUACGGGCGUGAAGCGCGCCUUCCCCGAGGCGUCGGCAUCGCAGGCCAAGUACGCCUGCAUGGCCGGCCAGUACAGGAGGGAGGAGGCGGCCUACGCGGGCGUGGGAGUCCCGCCGCCCCUGCAGUACAUGGGCGCCGCCGCGCUGCCGCAUCACCAGCAGCAGCAACAGCAGCAACAACAACAACAACAGCAACAUCAACAUCAACAUCAACACCAACAUCAACAUCAACAACAACAACAACAACAACAACAACAACAACAACAGCAGCAGCACCUGCAGCACCAGGGCGCCACUCCCCAGUACGUGCUGCCGCCCACGCCGCCCCAGUACCCCGCCGGGCCCCAUGCCCUGCACCCCUUGCCCGCCCACCACUCAGACUAUGCCGCCACCUCCACGGGCUGGACGCCCACGCACACUUCUUACGGCGCCUACACGCAGUACUUGGACUUCAGCGCGUGCCCGCCCGCGUCCCUGGGCGGCAGCGGGGGCGGCGCGCCCUUGCCGCCACCCGAUGUGCCUCCCCCGCCCGCAAAACCGCGCCGCCGCCGCGCCCGCAGGAAGGUCAUCAUUCACAAGUGCCCAUACGAAGGCUGCGUCAAGACGUACAUCAAGUCGUCGCACCUGAAGGCGCACCUGCGCACGCACACGGGCGAGAAGCCGUACACGUGCAAGUGGAAGGGCUGCGGCUGGAAGUUCGCGCGCUCCGACGAGCUCACGCGCCACUACCGCAAGCACACGGGCGACCGCCCCUUCCAGUGCCGCCUGUGCGAGCGCGCCUUCUCGCGCUCCGACCACCUCAGCCUCCACAUGAAGCGCCACAUCGCGCUCUGAUGCGCCUCCACUCCAAGCGGCGCUCCGAGCGCUCUCGCCGGCGCUUACAAGGCUCGCCUUCGGACGCUCCAACUUAAGGGUCGAUGCUCCCAUCGGUCUCAGCGCGAAGAGCACUUCGAAUCUGAUGUACUGAAUUCUCGCGAAAUGAAAACAAGAACGUAGACACAAAAUACGAGGUGGAGACCAAAGCCACCCGCAAGAACAAGAGUAAUUCCGUGCAGAUCUCAAGACUCGAAACGGCAGGGCUGAAGAUGUUGCAAAGACAAUCGUGACUCCGCAUUUCCUUGCGCGACACUCGUGAGCAACGAAGGCGCAAGCACUGAAGGGAAUACUCAAGUGCUUGGGCAUUGUACCUCGAGGGGUGGGUUUCAACAUGUAGUCUGAAGGGGGGAGGGAAAGGGGGGGGGGGGGAAAGUGGCAUUUCUUCGGAAUAUGUUAAAUUUAAUUCUUUGAAGAUUUUCGAAACGCAAUAGACACAUGAAGUGAUGAUAUACCCCUCAUCUAUACAUGUGCUUGGCUGACUUAUCUCACAGCCUGUUCAGUGUUUUUUCCCUAUAUAAAGGUAAAUAAAUAAGUGAUUAAAUUGAUCCGAGGAUCAAUAACGAAUAUCAUAUACGUAUCGUAUUUUUAUGUUCUUUUUCGAUACUGGAAUGUAAAUAAUCAUUUUUUAGCUCGUAACAUUACCCAGUAGCCACACCCCAUAAAAGGGGCGUGUAUAUUCACGUGCAAGCGAACUGAUUGGUUAGUUUCACAGACUUCUUGACCAAUCACCGUGCAUUCUUAGAGGAACAAUAUAGGAAGGCGUACCUGAAGAUUUUGUGAAUAGAAUUUGAAGAAAUGAUAAUAAUGAAUAAUCAUAAUGAUAAUAAAAAUCUCAUUUGUUAGUAACAUGUAUAAAGUUAUUAACAAUAUCGGGAUAGUGUGAUAAUAUUUUUUUAUCAUUGUCGUCAUUAUAUCUCAUAAUUGUUAUCACUAUUAUUUUUCAUAUUUGUUGUCACUAUUUUCUGUAAUCAUAAGAUAAUGUGUGUGAGACAGACGGCCUGUGAAUGUUCGAGAAAUUGAAGUGAAAGAUAGGCUCAUAUUGAAUAUAUAAUAUUUUUGUCACACACACACACGCACGCACACACAUACACACACACACACACACACACACACACACACACACACACACACACACACACACACACACACACACACACACACACACACACACACACACACACACACACACACACAAACAAACAAACAAACAAAUUCCUUCCUGUCAUACUACAUUUUCCAAAAUUUAUUAGAUUAAUAUUGAACUAGAUAAGUUAUCAUCUUUAAUCCUCCGCACUUUAUUGUUUGAGUGAAUUCCAGAAGAGAAUGUGAAUGUUUUAUCUUUUCAGUUUUUGUAAAAAUAAAGAAUCUAGUCAGGCUGUGAAUAUAUGAAGAAAUAACACGAUUAUCGACUGUGACUGUAUAUAUUUUGUACAUUUUGUCUUCUUUUUUUAAUAAAAAAAAUAGUGAUGGA